AUGGCUGCUCAAAAUCCUGUUGAACGUGCUUUUAGGAUAACAAACAUCAAACAUCACAUCCCGGUUACUCUUGAUUACCAAGAUCACAACUAUGAUGCUUGGAGAGAAUUGCUUCUCACUCACUGCUUAGCUUUCGACGUCCUCGGACAUGUCGACGGCACUUCUGUUCCUGCAAACGACAACGACACACCGUGGCAAAAACGAGGCACUGCUAGGGACAUUUGGCUACGCAUCGAGAAUCAGUUCCGAAACAACAAAGAGGCACGGGCUCUUCAGCUCGAUCACGACCUAAGAACAACAAAGAUUGGCGAUCGCUCUAUUCAGGACUACUGUCAGACCCUCAAAUCAACCUCGGAUCUUCUAGCUAACCUCGACGCCCCGGUGAACGAUCGCACACUUGUUCUGUAUCUUCUCAACGGCCUCAACAAGAAGUACGAUAACAUCAUCAAUGUGAUCAAGCACAAGGAUCCAUUCCCUACUUUUGACGAUGCUAAGUCAAUGCUUCUCAAUGAAGAAAACAGACUCAAGCGCAACCAGAAAACACCGUCAAACAAUGACACUCCAUCCUCAUCAACUGCGCUCACGGUCAACACAGAGAAACCUCAGCCUCGCAACAACAAAAAUAACCGCAAACAGUACAACAGAGGACGUGGAAGGGGGAACUACGGCAAUCAGAGACCAUGGAACAACUGGUCUCAACAAUAG